AUGCUCUGCAAUAAGCAACACGUACCCGAUCCUCCCUUAAAGGCAAUUCAUCUGCAAACAUGCAUGCUCUCCUGCUGCUUGGGAGUGCACUGUGCUUCGGAUGUAAAGAACUCUGGUUUGGCUCUUUCAAGCAACUUUGAUAUUACCCCCCUGUUUGCAGUCAAGAAACCAAAUGGAGUGACAACAGCUAAAAUAUCUACCAAUCUUCCAUCCCAGUCUGUUGGAGGCAUCCUGAUUACACAUCAUUAGUAAGGAUGGAAACCAACCUGAGAAGUUGGAAUUCAGAUACAGCUUCACUAAUCUGUGGACUGAAUAAUAGAGAAGGAGAAACUCGUCAACAUAAUUGUUAAACUGAAACGUGAUUGUAAUAUAGAGUUCAGAAUUUGCGAUUUGAUGUAAACGAACCUGUGAAAUUGAAAUUACAGUUUCACUAAUCUGUGGACUGAAGGAGAAAUUCGUCAUCAUAAUUGUUAAAUCGAAGUGUGAUUGUAAUUAGGAGU